AUGGCGCGCAACAACCCCACGGACCCCUCCGAAUCGCGCGCCGCCCAGGACGUCGAAGCGCCCGCGCACCACGGCCGCGAGAUGCAGGGGACGUACCACUGGGGCCGCGGUGGGGAGGGGAACAUGACGGUUGUCGGGAAGAGUGAGCGCGAGGCGAGCAAGGAGCGGAAGAAGGAGAGGGCUUUGAGUGGGGAGGGGGAGCGGAGGGGCAGUUUUCGGAGUGCGGUGGAGAAGGGGAAGGAGAUUUUGGGGUUGAGGAGGGAGAAGGAGAGGGUGGAUGCUGCUAAUGGGGGUGCGGGUGGGAAUGGGGAGAGUGCGGUUGAGUAA